UUAUCGUUAUUUUUAAGCCACCUAAAUACAAUAGUCAACACUGUUGUUGUUUUUCGCCGAGGGAACGUCGCGUCGCGCAUGAAUUACUGGUUACUUGUUAAUAAAAAAGAAGGAAUACAGUGCUCGUGCAGUGUGAGCCAGCGGUACGGGGUGCAAAUUGUCCAAUUAAUUGCGAACCGCGCCGGGAAAAAAUCAAAGCCACACACAUACACGGAUGUAGAUGCAUACGUGUGCACCUGACACACACACACACACACCAGCACACGCACUCUGGAGAGGAGGAGUAACAGUAGUAGUAGUAGUAGUGGAAAGUGCAGCAGCAGGCGCGGUCCAUAAUAAGUACUAUAAGUAAAUCGGCCGUACGAGACGUGUAAAUAAACCGGGUCGCUCACAUUUCGGGGGCGUUACGGAAAGCCAAUACGCCGGAAUAGCGGCAAACGUGUUCAAUUUUCGAGUAACACCCCGAGCUCUCCGGCUCUCCAUCUCCGUGGUGGGUGGGUGUGCGUGGCGGCCGUGUGAGUGUAAGUGCGAGUGGAUGUGGAUGUGGAUGUUUUGUUGGUCACCUUAAUUCGCCACAUACACACACUCGUUUUAAUCCUGCCGCUCUCCACCGGUCCACUGGAACAUCUCUUCAUCCAACAGCGGAAAUCACGCAGCUUCCACAGAGGUUGAAUAACCCAAGAGAAGGUCUGGGAUCUGGUGACUCGGGAAUGAGUUUUCCGCCACUAACCUGCAACUGGAGGAUGCAACUGAGGAAGUAACCCCACAAGUAACCAAGGUCGAAACUCAAGGCUAGCAUGAGAGAGAGUGCAAAAAGGACAGACAGUAGAGAGAGCGAGACGAGUAGAGCUCCCAUAUGUGCCAACUAAAAAAAUUAGUUAAUAACUAAAAAAAAAACAUGAAUAACAUUUCACGCUUGAGGGAGCGAUAAAAGUCUGAUAACGAACGAUUAGCAACAACAAUAACAACAGAAACAUAACUAACAUUAGGCAACACCCACACACACACACAUCCACAUAUCUCCAGAUAAAGGACAAAGGACUAACAUGAUAAAGGACUAACCUAAACUAAAUCAAAAUAGUAGUUCCACCUUCAAAAAAAAACAAAACAAUCCACUAAGCGGCCAAAAUAAUCACCGGAACCGGAACUUGGAACCCAACAAACAGUUAACAGAAACCACACAAUCCAUGACCAUGACCUUCACCAGUUUCACCCGAAAAAUGCGGGGACGCAUGCGCUCCAACACCUGCCGGAUCGUCCUGAUCACCUCGCUGGUCUGGGUCAUCUUCGAUUUCGUCCUCAUAGCCCGCUACUCGGACUGCAUUGGCAAGGAUGGAUGGCGCUGCAAGCGAUCCGGAGAGUAUGAUGUGGAGCUUCCUGAUGCUGAGCGUCUGGUGGAUGACAACCAGUUGGUGGACGACAAUGAAAUCAACACGGAGAAAUCCCUGGAUGGCGAUGCGGGCGGUGCUCUCAUUAUGGGCCAGGGCUUUGCCCCCGGCGGCAUAUCCAUGACCUAUCCCAGCAUGGUGCUGAAAAAAUGGUUCCUGGCGCCCACCGUCCAGGAGGCGAAGGGCAAGCCCGGCGAGAUGGGCAAGCCGGUAAAGAUACCAGCCGACAUGAAGGAUAUCAUGAAGGACAAGUUCAAGGAGAACCAGUUUAAUCUGCUGGCCAGUGACAUGAUCUCAUUGAAUCGCUCACUGACCGAUGUGCGGCAUGAAGGUUGCCGCCGCAAGCACUAUCCCUCGAAGCUGCCCACCACCUCAAUUGUGAUAGUUUUCCAUAACGAAGCCUGGACGACGCUCCUGCGAACCGUGUGGAGUGUAAUCAACCGUUCACCAAGGGCUCUCCUCAAGGAGAUUAUCCUGGUGGAUGAUGCCAGUGAAAGGGACUUCCUGGGCAAAAAGCUGGAGGAGUAUGUGGCCAAGCUGCCGGUGAAAACCUUUGUGCUGCGCACCGAGAAACGCUCUGGCCUGAUCCGGGCACGUCUGCUGGGAGCGGAGCAUGUUAGCGGCGAGGUGAUCACCUUCCUGGAUGCCCAUUGCGAGUGCACCGAGGGCUGGCUGGAGCCGCUUUUGGCGCGAAUCGUCCAAAAUCGUCGCACGGUUGUUUGUCCCAUAAUUGAUGUGAUCUCGGAUGAGACAUUCGAGUACAUCACAGCAUCAGACUCCACCUGGGGUGGCUUUAACUGGAAGCUCAACUUCAGAUGGUACCGAGUGCCGUCCCGGGAAAUGGCCCGCAGGAACAAUGACAGAACGGCACCCUUGCGCACUCCCACCAUGGCCGGCGGCCUGUUCUCCAUCGACAAGGACUACUUCUACGAGAUCGGUUCCUAUGACGAGGGCAUGGACAUUUGGGGCGGCGAGAAUCUCGAGAUGUCCUUCCGUGUUUGGAUGUGUGGCGGCGUGCUCGAGAUCGCGCCCUGCUCCCGUGUGGGUCACGUCUUUCGCAAGUCUACGCCGUACACCUUCCCCGGCGGCACCACGGAGAUUGUCAAUCACAAUAAUGCCCGUCUGGUCGAGGUUUGGCUGGACGACUGGAAAGAGUUCUACUACAGUUUUUAUCCAGGAGCUCGCAAAGCUUCGGCUGGCGAUGUUAGUGAUCGUAAGGCUCUUCGCGAUCGACUCAAGUGCAAGAGCUUCCGUUGGUAUUUGGAGAAUGUUUAUCCCGAGAGCUUGAUGCCUCUGGACUACUAUUACCUGGGAGAGAUCCGCAAUGCCGAGACAGAAACCUGUCUGGACACAAUGGGCCGAAAGUACAACGAAAAGGUCGGCAUUAGCUAUUGCCAUGGCCUGGGCGGCAACCAGGUGUUUGCCUACACCAAGCGACAGCAGAUCAUGUCCGAUGAUCUGUGCCUAGACGCCUCCAGCUCCAACGGCCCCGUCAACAUGGUGCGUUGCCACAAUAUGGGCGGCAAUCAGGAAUGGGUCUACGAUGCGGAGGAGAAAUGGAUUCGUCAUACGAACACGGGUCAGUGCUUGCAACGUGCCACGCGGGAUGAUGCCAACACGCCGUUGUUGCGACCCUGCAGCUACGGCAAGGGCCAGCAGUGGCUGAUGGAGUCCAAGUUCAAGUGGCAGGCUCACUAGCUCCCCCCAAGCGGGACUCCCAACAACAACUACAACUAAAACUAAACGGAUCCUACUAACUAUACUGAGAACUUCCAUUUUAUGUUCAAUAUUAUCUGGCGCUUGAUUUUGACAGUUACUUAGCCCUAAGUUCGUUCGGAUAUAAGUUCUCUCGAUAAAUCAUAUAUGUAUGUCUAUUUUUUCGGUGUGCAUGUAUGUGUUUGCUGCCGAAGAUUUCCCGCGGCAGUAGAAUGUCUUCCCAACUUUUGAUGCGCGUAUGUGUGAGUGCGUGAGAGCCAGAACUAAACUAAAAUUUAGAUAUUGUAUCGUGUGUACAUGAUAUGCAUGUAUAAUGUGUUUAUAUAGACGGUCAGAUUUACAAUUUAUAUAGGCGUGUGUUUAAUUGUAAAGUAUAUAUAUUUACAUUAGCUUCGACCAAGUACCAAUAAAUUGGCAUUUAACUGA